AUGGGAGGCUCUUCAAAGUGGGAUUCUCCACUACUUUUGUCCGCUAUCCCUCUUGUCACCUGCUCUGGUGGCUUUCUCAGCACCGGAGUUGAGACCUGGUCUAGAUCUGUGUUGAAUCGAGGCUCAAGAUGCCGGAUCUGGUGGAUCUUCGGUUUGGUCUCUCGCUUGUUCGAUCUUUCGUCGUUUUUCCUCUCUGGUGGUCGGUGUUAUCCGGGUUUGACAAGUCGCUCAAUGACGCUGCUUUACAGAUCUGAUCGUGAUCUCCUCAAAGGCUUCUUCCUAGGUUUUAGGAGGACUUUGUUGCCGAAGGUUUGGCCGUGGGCAUCUUCGAAAAUAAAGAAGACCAAGAUAUACGAGUUCCCAAGAUCAACGUGA